AUGGAGUGUAAUGGGUUUAAUUCUCCUCGGUCCGAUACCUUUCCGGCUGGGCUACGUGUUCUUGUGGUCGAUGACGAUCCAACAUGGUUGAAAAUCCUUGAAAAGAUGCUUAAGAAGUGUUCAUAUGAAGUGACUACAUGUGGUCUAGCAAGAGAGGCUCUGGACCUGCUUCGUGAAAGAAAAGAUGGAUUUGACAUCGUAAUCAGUGAUGUUAACAUGCCUGAUAUGGAUGGUUUCAAGCUUCUGGAGAAUAUGGGACUUGAGAUGGAUCUUCCUGUCAUUAUGAUGUCUGUGGAUGGAGAAACGAGCAGGGUGAUGAAAGGUGUUCAACAUGGAGCAUGUGAUUAUCUUCUUAAGCCUAUAAGAAUGAAGGAACUUCGGAAUAUAUGGCAGCAUGUCUUUAGAAAGAGGGUACAUGAGGUGAGAGAUAUUGAAAGUCAUGAUGGCUUUGAAGAAAUUCAGAUAAUGAGAAAUGUAUCAGACCAGUAUGAUGACAUAUACUUGCAUAAUGGAGGUGAUCUGACUUCAGGAAAGAAAAGAAAAGAUGUCGAAAACAAGCUUGACAACAAAGACUUUGGUGAUCCUUCUUCUCUGAAGAAAGCUAGAGUAGUUUGGACCGUAGAUCUUCAUCAGAAAUUUGUCAAAGCUGUAAAUCAGAUUGGAUUUGAUAAAGUUGGCCCCAAGAAAAUACUCGACUUGAUGAAUGUGCCAUGGUUGACAAGAGAAAAUGUUGCUAGCCACUUGCAGAAAUACCGCCUCUACUUGUGUAGGUUACAGAAAGAAAAUGAUAUAAAAGCUUCUUUUGGUGGGAUAAAGCAGGCAGAUCUCUCCCCGAAACAUACUGCUGGAAAAUUUGGCCUUCACAAUUCAAUCAAUAUACAGCAAGAUGAUGCUGCUAAUGGCCACUUUGGAACUUCUGACAACAAAAUUCCACCCCACAAUAUCGAUCAUAAAAUCCAUGAAGCUGAACUUAAGGGUAUUGUUUCAAUGUCAAUGACAAAACCCAAGAAGGCCCAGAUUGUUAAUAUUCCUGAACCUCAGAAGCUCAGCAGUUCAGGGACUGGCCUCAGUCACUCUUGGGGGUCACUGGAACCAGACCCUAAAUAUGCAGCAUUUGAUUCUACUCUCACUAUGCAGUACUCUUGGCGCGAUAUUCAGUACCAAGAAUAUAAGCCUCAUCUUCAGUUAGAGAAUGGCUUCAGACAUCUGCCACUGCCUGCUAUACAGAAUCACAUCCAAGUUAAUACCUUACGACCUGUUCCCUCAACUAAUACCAUACCAUUCAACAAAGAGAGGGAUAAACCUUCACCGAUUGAAAUCCAGCCUUCAGGUGCCAAAUGCAGAAGCCAACAAAUCAGGCAAGUAGCUCCAACAGGAAAUGCAUUUGACUUGCUUUCAGCUCAGUCUGAGAGCAGUAUGACAAACUUUCACACAUCUAGUCCACCUGCCAGUGCUACAUUUAGCAUGAAGAAUCAGGGCAUUGAUCGGAUUUCAGUAACUGAUCUGGAAUCUAACAAGGGAAACCUAAUUCAGGAAAUAGGGGAAGCAUUUGCAUGUAUCGAUGAGGACUUAACCGCUUCUUGCUUUCAAGGUGAUUGUUGUUCUAUAAAUCUUGGAUUCCAGAACAUUGCUGAAGUUUCUCCCUACUUGUAUGAUGCACUGAAGUUUGACUACGAGAAUCCCUGUGACUCGCUGGAAUAUCCUGUAAUAAUAGAUCAAGGGUUAUUCAUAGCAUGACCAGUUUAACUGGAAGGAGUUGCUCAUUGGACAAGUAAAGAACAAUGGUAUCUCGAUAUUGUUGUUCCAGUCAAAUGAUAUGUCAAGUAAAC